AACAAAUAGUAGUAAUAAUUAACAAUAGAAGCAAUAGUAUUAAAUAAUUAUAAUAAUUAUAAUAAUAAUUCAUAAACACCAAUAUUAAAUAAUUUAAUACCAUAUAUAUAUAUAUAUAUUUUAUAUAUAUAUAUAAAUUUUAAAAAAAUUAAAAUGUAUAAUGCUAUAGUUUCAACAGCUUAUUGGGGAACGAUUCUUGCAACAGCGGGUAUUGCACUUAUAGUUUCUUUAAUAUAUUCAUCACAAGAAAAAUUAUUAUAUUUCCCAGAUACCAAAACUAUGAUUAAUCCACAAUCAUAUUUCGAUCCAGAUAAAUUUGAAGAGAUCUAUUUAACAACUAGCGAUGGUAUUAAAGUUCAAACAUGGUUUUUUAGACAAGAAAAUUCUAAAAAUGUACCAACAUUAUUAUUUUGUCAUUCUAAUGCGGGAAAUUUAUCACACAGAUUAGAUAACAUCAAAAACUUAUUUGACAAUGUUAAUAUAAAUGUAUUUAUUUUAUCAUACAGAGGAUAUGGAUUUAGUGAAGGUACACCAAGCGAACCAGGUUUAAAAAAGGAUAUUGAUGCUUGUAUGGAGUAUUUACUUUCAGACCCAUUAAUCGAUCCAAAUCAAAUCAUUUGCUUUGGCAGAUCUUUAGGCGGUGCUGUUGCUAUUGACACUGCUAAAAGAUAUCCAAACGAUAUUAAAGCAUUAAUUUUAGAAAAUACAUUUACAUCAGUACCAGAUAUGGUUGAUGAAGUUUUACCAAUGUUAAAAUUAUUUAAACCUUUUUGUAGAAAUAGAUGGGAAAGCAACAAUGCCAUUAAAGAUGUUAGAUGCGAUAUUUUAUUCCUUUCAGCUAAAAAUGACGAAUUGGUACCAUCCAAACAUAUGACAUCUCUAGCAGAAAACGCAAAACAUUCAAAAAAGAAAAUAAUAGUAUUUGAAGAUGGUGCCCAUAUGACUCUCAUGUUUCAAAAGAAUUAUUAUAAAUUUAUUAAAGAGUUUUUGGAUAGUGUAUUUAUAAACUAA